AUUCCGACUCUCUCUCCACCGAAACAGAAACACCAACCUCCCCUCGGCCGGCGACCAUGGCGGAGGCCGCGGCCGCAGGAGCGACGCCUCUCCUCCGCAACCUCCCCGAUGAGAUCGUGCUCUGGGAGAUCCUCGCCCGCCUUGACCCCAGAUCGCUCAUCCGCUGCCGCGCCGUCCGCCGCGCCUGGCGCCGCGCCACCUCCACCCGUCGCUUCCUCCUGGCCCACCACGCACGCCAGCCCGCAUUCCCCAUCGCCGCCGACAACAGGUACCGUAACUUCCUCGCCUUCGACCACCGGUCCGCCGCCACCGCCGACGCCCAGUUCCACACCGUCGCCCGGCUUGGCGGGUCCUUCAGUCUGGAGCUCUGCUGCGACGGCCUCCUCCUCGUCGCCAAGUCUGGCAUGCUUGGCAAUCGCGCCCGCCUCGCCGUCUGCAACCCGGUAACGCGUCAGCACGCCUCCCUCCCGCCCCUGCCGGACUUCAACAUCCUGGGGAUGUACCUACACGGACCUACCGACGAGUACCGGCUGUUACUGCAAUGGAGGGGCGCAAUGGACUGGGGGGACGACAGUGACUUUGACUCGCCUACAGGCAAAAAUGGCUGCUAUGUCUUUGCGCUGGGAUCCGACCAGCCACCGAGGUACAUCGGGUUGUCGGAGCCCAAAUUCUCGUCGGCUUACUUCCACGGACCUGCCCGGGUGCGUGAUAGCCUGCAUUGGUGCCUGUUUUAUCGCCCAGGCGAGACCCCACUGGAGGAUUGUGAGGCUGGAUGGGAACUGGUGGUAUUUGACACCAUAGCUGAGUCAUUUCGGCAGAUGCAUGCUCCAGUUGAUCCCACCAAGUCAUGCAUCCUUGAGAUGGAUGACAUGCUUGGCAUCUAUUGCUGUAACAAGGCUGCGGAAGUUGUUGAUAUAUGGGUGUUGCCGAACUACGACAGUGAGGUUUGGGACUUGAAGUACCGGGUUGCAUUGCCGAUCGCAGAAAUCAGGGGAAAGCUUGAAGGCCAUGAUGGUGAGUGCUAUUGGUAUGUGACCGUUGCUUCGGGUGGUGGUGACGAGCUCUUGCUGGCCAGUUUUGGUCGUUCGCUGUUUUACAUUGACACUCAUGGCAAACUGGUUGCUAGCUUCCAAGACAUCUUUCCCUCUAGGCAUCGGCUCAAACAAACUCUUGUUCCGCAUGAUUUCUUCAGAACAGUAAAAGGUCAGGCUGUCGACGCUUCACCUUUCAUCUGACGGAUGUUGAGAGAGGCGGUGCUUCUUAACAGGCUAGUUUUCAUAUCCUCGUGAGUUGUAAUGUCUAUGUAUUGGAUCAAGUAUGGGCCUGCUGAUUUCUUCUUUUUGUGUCAAUCAGAAGUGACUGUCAUGUGGUUGCAUGAAACCUAUGCUUGUUUCACACUUUAGAUACCAUUUCGGGAUGAAGUGACUACUGCUUGUGUUGAUGCUAAAUUUACCAAGCCGUUUUGUUCUGCUUUUGAAAUAUUGUCGAACUCAUCCGCCUCAUGUCUCUAUUUUCUUGGGCUGAGGACAUGCUUUAUUCUAUAUUCAUCUAGUGUUCUUCUCCAUACUUGAUAUUAAGCAUUCUUUAUGCCUCACAUCACUGUUUCUUGAACUGAAGAAUUGAUCGAUUUACCUCUUGAUCUAGUGGUCUUCUUAAUAGUCAAUUUUUUUGUGUGUUUGCUGUUUGUACCCUUUGUUGUAGCUGGCAAUGAGAAGAGGCAGGUUUUACUCCUUGCCGACUUGAAGCUGCACCUGACUUCUAGAAUACCUUGGAGCACAACUAAUUUAAUUAAAUGCUUGCAUGUUGCAUCAUAGUCAACUUCUCAAUGAAUUGUUCUGUUAUAAUUCAGUUUUCUUCAUGCAUCUAUCUAUCACAUCUACCACCGUCAACUGUGGCUGUCUGUUGCUGGUUAUAAGUUAACUAGUAUAUGAGCUCAGUUGAUGUGAUCCUCUCGUAAAUUAAACUUGGCUUAUGCAGGAUCAUGUAUUGGAUUGUAGGCUUGCAGCAAUGUGCAUUUGUGGGAGAUGAUUGAUGGUCAUAGAGCCAUCUUAUGUGUGUCUGUCUUGAUAGCUUCGAGCAGAUCUAUUUAUUGCAGGAUUUAGACAUGUUUUACUUUAACAAAUGAUUCCAAAUCCUUUUGAUUUCUUGUGUAUAAGAUUUUAGGCUAGGUUUCAAUGUCAUAUUUACACCCUUUGCUCAAUAGCUAAUAAAAUAAUAAGAGAAAUGAUGGACAUGGUUAGUUAGGUCUUACGGAGACUAAGCUCACCACUAUAUCGAGAAUUGGACAUGUCUGUAGUAGCAUUGUUCUAGAAAAGUCUGGUACCGCAGUCCUGAAAAUCUAUGAAUAUCUUGUUGCAUUUUUCUGUUGCACAGUUUGCAAUUAUUACCUAUUAUUAUUUCAAUUCAAUUGUUAACCAUUUUGAUAGAUGCUUCAUGCGAAGCUUGUAGCACAAUUGUUGUUAAUAACUUCUUUGGUGGUGCUGUGCAUAUAAAAGUUCCGGGCACAAUUUGUUUUUUGUUGUUUCUACAUGCGUUUGGUAGAUUCAGAUGUUAACAUAUUUCUGCUGGCAGGUGCUGUACUUUACAGAUUUUUUUGCGGGUGUACUUUACAGUUAGUAACAUCAUGUUCAGAGCGCACAGACAUGCUGUUUGGACUUCGGAUCAUACUAUGAAACAGAAGUUGUUUAGGAUUGAGGGCAUGCUUCAUUCUGUUUAUCUAGUGUUCUUCUCUUGCUGGUCAGUUUUGGUCAUUGGCUGUUUUACGUUGACACUGAUGGCAAACUGGUUGCUAGCAUCCAAGACAUCUAGGCACCGGCUCAAACAAACUCUUGUUCCGCAUGAUCUUUUCACAACACUAGAAGGUUACGCUGUGGAUGCUUCACCUUUAAUCUGAGGGCUGUUGAGUGAGUCGUUGCUUCUUAAUGGCCUAGUUUUCAUAUACUCGUGAGUUGCAGUGUUUAUGUAUUGGAUCAAGUAUGAGCCUGCUGAUUUCUUCUUUUUGUGUUGAUCAGAAGUGGCUGUCAUGUGGUUGCACGAAAGCUAUGCUUGUUUCAGACUUUAGAUACCAUUUCGGGAUGAAGUGACUACUGCUUGUAUUGAUGCUAAAUACCAAGCCGGUUUGCUCUGCUUUUGAAAUAUUUUCGAACUGAUCCA